ACAGAGAUUUGUACGUCACAUGCGAGACGCAAGUGUCCGUAGCAUAUGAAAUAAAAACUAAACGUUCGACAAUUAUUCUCCUUUAAUGUUUGCUAAGGUAUCGAAUAUAGACUAUCGCGUAUAUAGCAUGUAAAUGGGGGCAAAGGUGUUUCAUAAGAGUCAGCUUGCCGACCUUGAGCUUCUCUAGUUCUAUCGUUCCGCAUUCGGUUCGUGGUCGACACCGUGGCGAAAUAAUCUUGAACCAGAACUGUUGUUGGGACGAACCAGUUACCAGCAAAGAUAUAUUCGAUCGAUUGAAACGAUUAUACGUUCGUGGAUUAUUCGAAAAGUUUACGGCUUACGAUGUUUUCGUCUGCCGUGAGAAAUACCGUCCGACGUUCGUUCUCGACGUCAAAAUGGGCUGCCGCGCAGCAGAUGACCGUACGAGAUGCUUUAAACUCUGCUCUGGACGAGGAAAUGGAAAGAGACGAAAAGGUAUUUUUGCUCGGUGAAGAAGUAGCUCUGUACGACGGCGCUUACAAAGUUUCUAGGGGACUCUGGAAAAAAUACGGAGACAAGCGUGUUAUAGAUACUCCUAUUACAGAAGCAGGGUUUGCCGGUAUCGCUGUAGGGGCUGCCAUGGCUGGUUUACGUCCAGUCUGUGAGUUCAUGACGUUUAACUUUUCGAUGCAAGCGAUCGAUCAGAUUAUCAAUUCUGCGGCUAAAACAUUUUACAUGUCCGCUGGCAGAGUAAACGUACCAGUCGUUUUUCGUGGGCCUAACGGAGCAGCGGCAGGCGUAGCGGCGCAACAUUCCCAAUGUUUCGGCGCUUGGUAUAGUCACUGUCCUGGUUUAAAAGUAGUGUCACCGUACACCAGCGAAGAUGCGAAAGGAUUAUUAAAAGCUGCUAUCCGGGAUCCCGACCCUGUCGUUGUAUUAGAAAAUGAGAUUUUAUACGGAGUACAAUAUCCUAUGUCUGACGAGGCUUUAUCGAAAGAAUUUGUCCUGCCGUUUGGUAAAGCAAAGAUUGAACGUGUCGGGAAACAUGUGACGAUAGUGGCUCACUCCAAGGCGGUCGAACAAGCGCUCGAGGCAGCAAACGAACUCGCUGGGAAAGGUGUAGAGGCGGAAGUAAUAAAUCUGAGGUCCUUAAGACCGCUAGAUAUAGAUACAAUUGUGCAAUCGGUGGCAAAAACGAACCAUGUUUUGACCGUGGAACAAGGCUGGCCGCAUUGCGGUAUCGGAGCAGAAAUUAGCGCAAGAAUUUCCGAAAGCGAAGCGUUUUACCACCUUGAUGCUCCGGUGAUUCGUGUUACAGGGGUUGAUACCCCUAUGCCUUAUGCGAAAACAUUGGAAAGUGCCGCUUUGCCGCAAACGAGCGAUGUAGUGUACGCAGCGAACAAACUACUCGGCCUAGUAGAGUAACUACGUCUAGAGAUUUCUAGGUAAAAUUCAAAUUUCCCAUUUGUUUCUCCUCCCAGUUUCUUACUUACCUCCUCGUACCUUUUCCCACUUUAGCGUCCUCUAAAUUCCUUCCUUGACAAAGGGAGUAUGUAGCGGAGAAUAAGUACAAAGUUCAAUGACGAUAAAAUGAGUCAUGGAAAUUUCUUUAGGCGAUUCCAAAACAAUCACACGUGAAAAGUUUGUGUUUAUCGAUCUAGUACGUAGGUGCAAACGCAUAUAGUUGGGAAUAAUGUACAUGUGUAUAUACGUAUACGUAUACGUAUACGUAUGUAUAUGUAUACGUAUGGAACAGUCGCGUGGUUGAAUAUUUAAAUAGUCUCAUAAUACCACAAUAGUGUUCAAGUAAUUUAAUAAUCAAUUUCAACCUCUUUAUUGGUAAACGAAAUCAAUUCUUGCUGUUCCAACCUUCGAAUAUCAAAUUAAUUUAAUAAAUUGUUAUAAAAACAAUUCGCUGAACAUAAUCGACGAUACGUUAGUGAAAUGAAAAACUUGUAAAUUACCGGUAUAUAUACUAAAUGAACGUAUAAUCGUUGCAUUUGUUUAUCAAUUAUUUAUUACUGAAACGUAAUAAAUUGUAAUAUACAUCAA